AUGGAGUCCAGGAAAUUACGUUCGACGAGCCUGAAAAUAGAAACCAAGGCGUUAUUUGAUUUUGAUAAUGUGAAUGAGUACUUGUAUAAUGAUAAAGAGAUAAAAGUGGGGGGCAGUGGGGCUGAGUAUAAUUAUUAUGGAGGGCAAACUCCUGAGUUGCCAAGGGUUAGGAGUAGUGUUGUCACGGUGGAGAGGGUGUUGCCACGACGUCCAAAGACAGACCCGUUGCCGGACUCUACGUAUGAGAUAUUUUAUCGGCGAAUGAAGAAGAACGAAAAGCAGAUGUCGAACGAAGAGAGAAUAAAGAACUUGUGGGAAUUGGAUACGUUGCAGUCACAGUUAGAGCGGUUGUCGCAGUAUGAUUGGAUUCGAAGCUUGCCAGAGAUUACUGUGAUUAAAGAUAUGAAGGAUUAUGAUGAAUUAGAGAGGAAGAAGCAGUUGACGAUUAAAGAGAUUGAACGGUUAUUGCAGAAACAUGAAAACUGGAGGAAACGUAAGGAGUUUCACAGUCGUGAGAUGAAGGAGUGGUGUGAGGGUAGUUCGGACUCGGAGUAUGAUAUGCCGAUUGAAGAGUUGAGGGAGAGAAGGAAAUUGCAAAAUAGACAACGGUAUGGGCCUGUUAUUAGGUUGAAUUUGGGGAAUGAGUACUGUUUGGUAAUUGAUCCACUUUCGACGCCGAAGAUUGAAAAAGUGGAAGAGAAGGAACCACCAAAGAAACGCAAGACAAUAGUAACACUAGAGGAUGUUGAUGAUGCUUCGCAAAUAGACAUUCAAACUAAAGACAAUAUACUUUUUGGUACAAACUUUGAAGAUAUACCUACGUACCGCAAUGGGUUCCAGCUCCCGCUACAUAUGCGGCGAAUGAUGCAUAAGGGGGCUAAGUGA